AUGGUGAUGGUGCUAGAGCUGCCAUGGUACCUGGAACCUUACUACCCUGCCUCUGCACCCUGCUCUGCCUGGAUCUUGCUGUUUCUCCCUGAGCUGGUCGAGCCCGUCAGUGCGCCUGGAGGACUUCUACCCUUUGGCCAGGACUGGGGGGAUUUCAGACAAUCUCUCAGGACGAUGGAGGUGAACAACAAUGGUCUGGUCUCGUUCCUCAGAGAGGUAUCUCAGUUCACACCAGUGGCAUUCCCCAUCGCCGGAGACCGGAGGGUUGUGGCAGCGUUCUGGGCUGACGUGGACAACCGGCGGGCGGGACAAGUCUUCUACCGGGAGAGUAAAGACCCGUCUGUCCUCCUGAGGGCCACAGCUGACGUCAAACGAUACUUCUCUGAGUUCCCAGAAUUCACUGCGACAUGGAUCCUCAUCUCAACGUGGCACAAAGUCACCUUCUUUGGAGGAAGUGACAUCACACCGGUGAAUACAUUCCAAUUGGUGUUGAUCACCAACGGAGAGCUAUCCUUUACCAUCUUCCAGUAUCAUGCCAUCACCUGGACUACAGGCAUGCAUGCCAGCAGUGGAGGAGACCUGGCAGGGCUAGGGGGCAUCGCUGCACAG